AUGUUCAAUAUAUUCAGAGCUGCAGGUGAUUUAUCCCAUUUAAUUUCAAUUCUUAUAUUAUUAAAUACAAUUCAAAAAUCAAGAUCAAUUGCAGGUAUUUCAUUGAAAACUCAAAUCUUAUAUGUUUUAGUAUUUUUAACAAGAUAUUUGGAUUUAACUUAUAGAUAUGUUUCUAUAUAUAACACAUUAAUGAAACUUUUCUUUAUAUCAAGUUCCAUAUAUAUUGUUUAUUUAAUGAUUUAUAAAUUUAAAAACACUGAAACUGAACAAAUUGAUACUUUCCCAAUUGAAUAUUUAAUUGGUGGCUCAUUUAUAUUAUCAUUAAUUUUUAAUUAUAAAUUCCAAUUUGGUGAAAUUUUAUGGUCUUUUAGUCUUUGGUUAGAAUCUGUUGCUAUUUUACCUCAAUUAUUUAUGUUACAAAGAACUGGUGAGGCAAGAACUUUAACAACUCAUUAUAUCUUUGCUCUUGGUGCUUAUAGAACUUUGUACAUUCCAAAUUGGAUUUUCAGAUGGAUUAGUGAAGGUAGAGUUGAUUAUUUAGCUAUUUUCACAGGUAUUGUUCAAACUAUUAUUUAUUCAGAUUUUUUCUACAUCUAUUAUCAUAGAGUCUUAAAAGGAUUUAAAUUUGAAUUACCACAAUAG